AUGGCUUUUGGGCUGCCCAAGGUUCCCUACCACGGGCAAGGGCCAGCCAGCAGUGGCUCUGCCCAUGAACUGCCCCUGACUCCGCCAGCUGAGCCCACCUACUCCUUUGAGCUGUCGCCUGUCAAGAUGCUGGCACCCACAGUGCCACACUCUUAUGCCUUCCCAGAGGCCCAGGACUUCUCUAGCUUUUUGCAAGGGCCCCGGCCUUUGGGCCCAGCUCCUCCUCCAGGAACCACCUCCACGGAUGAUGGCCCUUGGUGGAGCCUGCAGCAACCAGGCAACUUCUCUCUGGGCCGGCCGCUGGUCCUAAGCCCCCAGCCCCCUCUUGCUGCUCUCCUGCAGGGCACUCCCAAGGGGCUCCUGGGUACCACUCGCCGCUGCCGCCGCUGCAAGUGCCCCAACUGCCAGGCAGUGAAUGGAGCCAGCGAGGAGCCAGGCAGAAAGAAGCAACACAUCUGCCACCUGCCAGGCUGUGGCAAGGUCUAUGGCAAAACGUCCCACCUGAAGGCCCACCUCCGCUGGCACGCGGGCGAACGCCCCUUCAUCUGCUCCUGGCUCUACUGUGGGAAAAGUUUCACCCGCUCGGAUGAGCUGCAGAGGCACCUUCGGACGCACACAGGCGAGAAGCGCUUCGGCUGCCAGCUGUGCCCCAAGAGGUUUAUGCGGAGCGACCACCUAGCAAAGCAUGUCAAGACCCACCAAGGAAAGCGAAUGCGGGGCAUGGCCAUGGUGGCGGCAGCAGUGGGCAUCAAGCAGGAGUGA